UCCCCGAAGCCAAUCAGUGCGGGGGAUGUUAGCGGCGGGGAGGUGGCCGGGUUGCUGGAGCAGCAGCCUCAGUCGCUUUGGGGGAGGAGGAGGGCGAGGGGGCGGCGGCAGGAGCAGUAGCAAUAGCAGCCUCUGAGGGAGCGGCGGUGCGACAUGGAAGAGCAGGACGAUUACGAAAGUGUGGAACAAUCUGAAGAUUUGUUGCCAUGCAAAAUUUGUGGAAGGACAUUUUUUACAAACGCAUUAAGGAAACAUGCUCCCAUUUGCCAAAAAGCAGCCACUAGAAAAAGAAAAGCAUUUGACUCCAGCAGGCAGAGAGCUGAAGGAACUGAUAUUUCUGUAGUAAAACCUCUGAAGCCACGGCCAGAUCCCCCAAAGAAGCCAUCCAACUGGAGAAGAAAGCAUGAAGAACUCAUAGCUGCUAUAAGAUCAGCCAAGGGAGUUGAUCGGGUUCUUAAAGAAGGUGGAAAACUUCCACCACCGCCACCACCAUCAUAUGAUCCUGAUUACAUCCAGUGUCCAUACUGCCAGAGAAGAUUUAAUGAAAGUGCAGCUGAUCGACACAUCAAUUUUUGUAAAGAGCAGGCAGCCCGUAUUACUAAUAAAGGAAAACCAAUUACUGAAGUUAAAGGGAAGCUUCCUACUCGAACACAGAUCAAGCCACCUGUAAAGAAAAUGCCUUCGACAGGAUCAAUACCACCAGCUUCUUCACGUUUACCACAACCAAGUUCACCUGCAAAUAAAAUUAUGCCACAAAGUGGACCUAUGGGAACCAAAAUCCAGACUUCCUCUCCAGCUCAUAAAAGUUUGGCAAGGACAAGCCCACAAGCAGGGGGGUCCUUGAAAUCAAAGACCGUAGCACCUAGUAAUAUGGCUAGAAAUGCUGGCAUGAGCAUGAUGGCAAACAAAAGGAAAGCAUACAGCUCUGAAAGCUACUUAAACAGAUGUGACAGCGGGGAUGGCUCAUCUGUCAAUGGAGGAAGUUCCAAAAGCAGUGAGGGAAAUUCACCUGCUACACAGUUACCAAAAUUCUGCUAUGAAUGUGGCGCCAAAUAUCCAGUUGAAGCUGCAAAAUUCUGCUGUGAAUGUGGAGUUCGGAGAAUGGUUUUGUGAAUCCUUAUAUACAGCAGAGGAAAAGAUAGUCGAUCCUUCAGUUUGCUUUGACUGCAUGGAAAUCUCUGUGAUACCUUAGCAUCAGAACUCACACUGCAACACCUUAGUAAUAUUCUGGAAGCAAUUAUUUUGGUUGCAAAGUUAUUUAUAUAGAUAUAUAUAUAAAUAGUCUGUAUAUAAAAACAUAGGUACCUAAAACUGUGCCAUUACAAAAGGUAUUCUUGAGAAACUCUGGAAAUCCCUUUAAUAGAUCAAAACGUAGGAGCAGUCUUGUAAUCCUUCUUUGUAUUAUAUCCAUAAAUUGUUCCUUUGUCAUUCCUCUAUAAUAUUUGCCCUGUAGCCUCUGGUUAAAGAAAAUGUACUGGUUGAAAUAAAUGUUACACUAUAGAAUUCAUUUUACAUAGACUGUACUGGCUGAUGCUCUUACAAGUAAACGGACAACUUGUUGA